GCCUCCACGCCCCCCCCCCCCCCCCCACCCUCUUCAAUUUCCUCCUCCACCUGCAGCCCUUGUCCCCUUCCUGGUGGGAAGAAUCCAUGGCGGAAGUUAACGAGGAGGAGUCCUGCCUCGCGGUGCUGGCGGAGGCGGCGGGCAUCAUCUGCUCCCUCCGCGCGGGGGACCUCGCCGGGUGGACCCCGCCAUGGACGACCGGGCCGACCGCCGAAGCUCUUGUAGGACCGACCAAGGAGGAGAUGGGGGCCUGGCCGGCGGUGACAAGGGGGAAGCGGUCGAGGUCGUCGCGUGGCUCGGGAUCCGCCGCGGCUAAGGUGGGGAGGAGGAGGGCCCGCGGCAGCCCGGCGUCUCCCCUCGACUACAGCGCCGCGUCCGGCUCCGGCUCCGGCGUUUCCACGAGCGGCGGCGAGGACGGCGCCGUCUUCUGCUCGCCGCCAGCUCCUGCUGCGGCUGCGUCGGCGGCGGCGGUUCCCCAGUCCGUGCCCACCACCGCCGCCACGGCUUCUUCGGCCAAGGUGUGCUCCGCCGGAGUACGGCGCCCGCCGCCCCGGCCAGCCGCCCCCGGACCGCGCUCCCGGAAGAAGAUGAGGCUCCCGGAGGUGCAGCAGCUGGUGCGGUCCCUGGCGGCGGAGAACGACGGCCUCCGCGAGGAGGUGGAGUCGCUGCAGAGGGCUUGUUCGGCGCUGUCCAGGGAGAACGGCACGCUAGAGACAAGGUUGGAGCACUCCUCGAGCAAGCGAAAGAGGACCGUUUCCGAAGAGGAGGAUCGCCCUCGACAACGGAAGCCGAUGCUGCAGCAGCUUGGCCAGCAUGCGGCGGAGCACCGGGGCGCCCGGGAGGGCUUCGUGCUGCCCGAUCUCAACAUUCCAGCGGCGGCACCAGACGACGUCGGAUCAGCUCCCUGACGAACGGCUGCGGAGCUCAGUUCAUCUCCGGGAGAGGGACCUGUCUGACGCUAACCUGAAAAAUUAAGUGUAUAGGAGGAAGCCGGGGAGGGGGGGCACUAUGACUGCGAGCUGAUAAAAGUUUUCGUUUGUUUCGUUUCUUCAGGUGUUUACAGCACACGCUUUUGUGUUUUGUGCAUGCAGUUGAUGCAGAUCGAGGAGAAAUUUAUGUAGUUCAAGUUUAACUUCAGGCAGAGUAUUAGUUGUCUGGUUCGUGUAAACACAGGACUAAGUAAGCACAUACUGUAUCGUUUUGCUGAA